CUCUUGUCUCCCUUGUCCACCCGGAUGGAUGACCCAUGGCAUGUAUAUACCGCAGUCGUUAGCGGGAUCGUGACAAGUUAUACCCAACUCUUCGACUAUUUACAAUGGCCUCAUGCGUGCGACGAAGUGGGAAGCGCCGCCGCUGAACCCCCGUCUAAGCGGCGAAAGAUAGAGAGAACGAGUGAUCUCAAGGAGGACACUGUUGAUAGCUCUAGUGCUAUUCUUUUGGCCGAGCAGGAUAUCUAUUUGCACUUCGACUCGAAUUCGUCAGCUGUGAUAGACGAGGACCCGAGAGAAAUAAAUAUCACUUCCUUAACCCUCGAUUCCAACGACACAGCAGUUAUCACAGUGCUUCCCGCACACCCCCGUCGCGAGAAGAAGAACGAAGAACUCCAGCUUCUCCUGUACAAUCCGUCGGACGACUUAGUGGCUCGACUUCGUGAUAUAUGUCCACUACCACCCUCGCUCUUGAGUAACGUUACACCGGCUUGGUCGUUAUGUAGGUUGCAGCCGCACACAGAGAGCGGGGUGCUCGUCCUACGUACACAGAUUUUCGUUGCCGCAGAACGCUCGUGGAUCGACUCCAGACAAUCACGAGGCAUUGAUGCCUUGGUGCAAAAAUACUUGCCUUUUGUGGGCGACAUAGUCGGCUCCCGUUGGUCGCCACAAGACUUUUACGAGAAUGUACACGUGCCUCCGCCCCAUCUAAAGACGCCGCAGUAUUUAGAGAAGACGGAGUUGACAUGCAGCUUGUAUCCAUUCCAGAAGCGAGCCGUACAAUGGAUGUUGGAAAGGGAAGGCGUGACACCGAACGGUUGUGGUUUAGUUGCUCAGCCAGAUGUUCAAAGUCCAGAUCAUGUUCUUCCUCCUUCUUUUCGAGCCAUUCGUGACGCUCGCGGCGAUCAAUGUUACUUCAGUAACGUACAUAGGGUGUUCAUCAAGAAUAAAUGGUCGCUUUUAGAUUACCUCCCUGAGCUCAAGGGCGGUAUUCUUGCCGAAGAAAUGGGCUUAGGCAAGACGGUUGAGUUGAUUGCGCUGACAACAUUGCAUAAACUUCCAGCUUAUCUGUGUGGUAAGCGGACGGGUGAAGUCACACAGUCCCCUUCUACUCUUAUCAUAACUCCUGCUCACAUUUUACGGCAAUGGAUGAACGAGAUAGCGACACAUGCUCCCCAUCUCAAAGUGCUGCAUUAUCAUGGUCUAAGCGGUCAGCACGCAGAUAAUGGAUCCGCAAGCUCAAGUCAUGCUCGUCAGACGAGAGAUAUUACAGUCAGUCAGCUAAUGGAGUACGAUGUCGUGCUCACCACGUACAAUGUGCUUGCGCGGGAGAUCCAUUUCGCUGAUAAACCUCCGGACCGAUCAAUGCGGCACGCGCCCAAAUACAAACGUAGAAGAAGCCCUUUGGUACUCACAAAGUGGUGGCGGGUAUGCCUUGACGAGGCGCAAUUGAUUGAGAGUGGUGUGUCACAAGCGGCUACUGUCGCUCGUUUAAUACCCAGAACAAAUGCAUGGGCCGUCUCUGGUACACCUCUGAAAAAAAACGUGGAAGAUCUUCACGGAUUGCUGAUAUUUCUUGGCUACGAACCAUUUGCUACCUCGAAGAAGUCUUGGCAACGCAUCGACAAGGCGACUCUCAAACAGAUAUUCAGCACGAUUGCGUUGCGACACAACAAGCACAAGGUCGCCCAUGAACUGCGCUUGCCUCCCCAAAGGCGUGUCGUCAUCACAAUGCCUUUCACGGCCAUUGAGGAACAGAACUAUAACCAAUUGUACGGCAUGAUGUGUAGCUCACUUGGCUUAAACACAGACGGCUCGCCAGCAGUCGAUGACUGGCAACCGGAACAGUAUGUUGAAUCCAUGCGGUCUUGGUUAAAGCGCUUGCGAGAGACGUGUUUACAUCCGCAAGUUGGAACGCAGAAUCGACGCGCCCUUGGUAGGGGCACAGGCCCCCUGCGUACUGUCAAUGAAGUGCUAGAAACCAUGAUCGAGCAGAACCAAAGUGAGUUGCGUGCACAAGAACGAUCCCUGAUCCUGGCACAAGUUGUGCGUGGCCAGAUAGUGAACAAUGACAAGAGCAACGAGUCACGAAGUGAAGCCGCCCUUAGACUUUACCAAGAGGCUCUUGGAAAAGCCGAGGUCCUUGUCGAGGAGUGCAGAAAGGAAUACGCUACCGAACUAGCAAAGCUCAAAGAGCUGAAAUGUGCCGAAAAACGCAUAGAAUAUUCUAGCUCAGUGGACAGCGGUUCAGAUUCUGAAGACAAUCCAGAAGCCCGUGGGAGGAGAAGGAGGUUAGCUGCCUUGAAAAAACAACUUCGCUCCGCUCUAGAAGCGCUUCAUGUUUGCGUGUUUUUCGUGGCCACAUCGUACUAUCAGAUGAAGGAGGUCGAGAAAGCUACAAAGGAAACAGAAGACACGGACGAGUUUAGGCGAUUAGAAGAGCUAGAGGUCCAGCACUACGAACGAGCAAAAGGCAUUCGAAGAGAGUUGCUGCAGCCAGCACACAAAGAGGCCACUGUAGCCAUGUUCAAGAUCAAAACUAUGCAACGCACGAAAGAUGGCAUAAUUACAGUCACCAAGAUUCCCUCAUUGAGUGGCCAAGGAGGCAUUGAGAACCGAAAGAUACUAGAAAAAUUCGAUGUUCUGGCCAAAAUCCUAGAUUUGCAGGCCGACUUGAUCAACAAAUGGCGCGAAAAGAUCAUUCAGACACUAACUGGACCUCUGGUGGAUGCUGAGGAGGAUCAGGAAAUCACUGGUGAAGAGUACGAAGAAUCAACUAAGUUGCAGGAUGAACUUUACGUCUAUGUUAUGGGCUUGAGGGCUAUAAUCUCAGACAGACAGCAAUGUAUCUCCGGCGAAGCUAAUCUUCUCAUGGACAUUGAGCUCAAACAAGCUGUCGCACAUUCGAGGAGUGAUCGAGAGAACGCUAACAAGGGGCACGCUGUUGAGCUUCUGUACCAGAUUGUGGAUGAGCGCAAAAAGAUACGUAUCAAACCAAGCGAUGGGUCGUUACAGGCUCUAGUUUCUGAAGCUCGUUCGAUGGCAUCAGCUUUGAGCGCGACGACGCCAUCUGGGCGCGCUGCAGUCGAAGCUUCGCUCAUCGAGAAAGUUUUAGAUGAUGUACGCAAGGUCACUUCGACACAACGCGAGACUAUCAAGGCUCUCGAGAAGGAGCUUAGUCUCUUUCACACUUGCAUGAAUUCUCGUGUGGAGUACUAUCGACAACUGCAAGAGCUUUCCGAUAUGGUUGCGCCCUGGAAAGAACAGCUGGAUGACGAACUUGACCGCAGUGCAUAUGAGGAACAGGCUUCGACAGAGGAUUUGUACCUCACUCGCCUUGCCACGCUCAAGACUAAACAGCGAUUUCUUCUACAUCUUCGUGCUGAAUCAAGCAAGGAAAAUGAAGCACGUAUUUGCGUCAUCUGCACCGAUUCAUUCGAAAACGGCGUCCUAACUGUGUGUGGACAUCAGUAUUGCAAAGAUUGCAUCACCGCCUGGUGGCGGAACCAUCGCACUUGUCCAGAAUGUAGAAGGGUUCUGACUCGGAACGACGUGCACGACAUUACUUACCGCCCUCAGCAACUUAAGGCCAAGGAGGAGCAAAAUGAAGCUUCCGGCUCAACAUCACCUUCACCUUCACGAGAAAGGAAUACAGUGGUCGAACGAUCGACUACUUCGUCCAUAUAUUCGAACAUAAGUGAGGAGACGAUGCGCCAGAUUAAGUCGGUGGAUCUAGACGGGUCAUUUGGGACCAAGGUUGAUACUAUCUGUCGCCAUUUGCUCUGGCUUCGUGAGAAUGAUCCGGGGGCUAAGUCAAUCAUCUUUUCCCAGUAUAGUGAUUUUUUGGAAGUACUUGCGACUGCGUUGAAAUACUUCAAAAUUUCUGCUGUAUCGAUCCGCGAGCACAAGGGCAUCGAUAAGUUCCGCGCUGAUCCGUCUAAGGAAUGCUUCCUCCUCGAUGCAAAGAGUGAUUCAUCUGGUCUGAACCUGGUGAAUGCAACACAUGUUUUCCUUUGCGAGCCUCUCGUCAACGCAGCCAUCGAGCUCCAAGCCAUUGCCCGUGUUCAUCGCAUUGGUCAAAUGCGGGAGACCACGGUUUAUAUGUACCUGAUCAGCGAUACUGUUGAGGAAGCAAUAUACGACAUUUCAGUGAGUCGGCGUCUGUCUCAUUUGGGCAGGGCAUCCAAUCCGUCAUCCGCCUCCCAAUCGAAUUCUGGAGUCCAGACGCCAGUACCAAUGCAGGAGAUUUCAUUGGAUGUGGUGAACAAUUUCGAGAUGCAGCAGGCGCCUAUAAGUACACUCUUGGCCAAGGGUAAAGGUGAGGGCGAGCUUGUUGAUGUGGCGGACUUGUGGAAUUGUUUGUUUGGCAAGCCGCGACAGAGUCUUGGUGGGAUCUCUGGUGCUUUGCAAACAGAAGUAAACAGACAUCUCGCAACGGAUGCAGCAGAGUCACGUAGGGCAGAUUCUCAUGUAGCAGGGCAUCAAUAGCGAAGCAACUUGGGAUUUCU